UGGCGCCAGAGAGCUCUCCCCCACACAUACACACACAUACACAUACACAUACACGCCGCUCCGCUAAAGAUGUGAAAAUGGCGGAGCUACAAAUGCUUUUAGAAGAGGAGAUUCCAGCAGGACGAAGCGCACUACUAGACAGUUUCACCAAUUUGGAAAGAGUCGCGGAGUACUGCGAAAGCAACUAUGUCCAGUCUCCAGACAAGCAGAGGGCGCUGGAGGAGACCAAGAACUACACCACCCAGUCUCUGGCCAGCGUCGCCUACCUGAUCAACACGCUGGCCAACAAUGUCCUCCAGAUGCUGGACAUCCAGGCCUCGCAGCUCCGCCGCAUGGAGUCCUCCAUCAACCACAUCUCGCAGACGGUGGACAUCCACAAAGAGAAGGUGGCCCGGCGGGAGAUCGGCAUCCUCACCACCAACAAGAACACGUCCCGCACGCACAAGAUCAUCGCCCCGGCCAAUCCCGAGAGGCCUGUGCGCUACAUCCGCAAGCCCAUCGACUACAGCAUGCUGGACGACAUGGGCCACGGAGUCAAGUGGUUGCAAAGGUUUAAGGCCAGCGCUCAGAACAUGAAGGCCGGCGGCGGCGGCGGACUCCCUCGCACAAACCCCCCAACACAGAAGCCCCCCAGCCCGCCCAUGUCGGGGAAAGGGACCCUUGGGCGCCACUCCCCCUAUAGGACGCUCGAGCCGGUGCGUCCGCCCGUCGUCCCUAACGACUACGUCUCGAGCCCGACGCGCAACAUGGCGCAGCCCCAGCUGAGCCCUACACGCACUGCAUCCGUUAAUCAGAGGAACCGCACGUACAGCAGUGGGAGCAGCGGAGGCAGCCAUCCCAGCAGCAGUCGCAGCAGCAGCCGAGAGAACAGCGGCAGUGGCAGCGUGGGCGUGCCCAUCGCCGUGCCGACCCCAGCCCCGCCCACCGCCUUCCCAGCCCCCGUCCCAUCCAACCCGGCUCAACCGCCCCCCAACACUGCCACCACCCCUGGAGCCCCUACCACUGCACUAGACGGCCCCCCACAGGCCCCAAACCCCCCUAUAGAGAUCCCGCCUGUACCCCCACCCCCUCCCCAGCUCCCUGCCUCUGCGGCCCCCACUGGCACGGGCCCCGCUGCUUACGGCAACCCUGCACAAGGCGCUCCUCAGUUCUACAGCAUGAACCGCCCGGCGCAGCCGCCCCAGAACUCGCAGGUGGGAGGCUCGCUGCCAUACCGCCGACCCGCGUCCGUCACCGGUCAGCCCAACAUGGUCCACAACCAGAGCCAGCUCAACGGGGGACCACACUUCGCCCAGAACCCAGCCGGCCCGCUCGCGCCCCCUCCCCCCUCCAUGCAGAUCACCCCUCAGCUGCCUCUGAUGGGCUUUGUGGCCCGAGUUCAGGAGACUAUCUCAGACGUGCCGCCUCCACCUCCGCCCGCCGAGGAGCCGGUGUUUGAGGAACCCACACCUCCUCCUCCACCACCGGAGGACUACGAGGACGAUGAGGACGAGGAGGAGUCGGCGGUGGUGGAGUACAGUGACCCGUACGCCGAGGAGGACCCGCCCUGGGCCCCGCGCACCUACAUGGAGAAAGUGGUGGCCAUCUACGACUACGCCCGCGACAAGGAAGACGAGCUCUCGUUCCAGGAGGGCGCCAUCAUCUACGUCAUCAAGAAGAACGACGACGGCUGGUACGAGGGCGUGAUGAACGGGACCACGGGCCUGUUCCCCGGCAACUACGUCGAGUCCAUCAUGCACUACGCCGACUGAACAACCUCCCCGCCUCCCGCCCCCCCUGCCCCCUCCCUCUCCGAGCGGCGGAGGAGUAAAGGGAGGAGCGUUGGACGGCGGGAGGGGAGGGGUGGGGGGGAAGCCGCGGGUUAAAGGUCAAAGACUUUGAUCAGACAGAGCAUGAUCACCUCCGGGGCGAAGAGAGGACUGAAAGACGGGGAGGGGCGGAGGAGAAGACGUUUUUAAAAGAAGUCGCUACAUGACAAACUCUCGACACAGGCGCCAUUGUAAAACAACCACUACUCGACAUAUAUCCUUCCCUGUAACAUUU